AUGGAAUUCAACAGUUCCUCAAAUUUGGAUGAAGCUUCAUUGUACUAUUUGCUGGAGGAAUGGGCUCUCAGCCCAUCAGGCACAAACAUGAAGAUGUUUUUAAUCCCUCCAGUUGUCUGCCUCGUGGCAGGUGUCCUCAUCAUUCCUACAAUCUUGUUUGUGAUCUUCUCCAGGUUUAGCAUCCGUCAGGAAACAAGGUACAUGCUGCUGGGAAAUGCUCUGCUCUCUGAUCUGAUCUUCCUUUUGUUCUACGCCCUGUCAGCUGCUCUCAAUGCAGCACAUGUACAUCUCCCAGAGGAAGCUUGUGUCGUCCUAUUAUUUUUGCUGGCAGUGGCUUACUGUGGAGGAUUGUUCACAGCUGCUGCAAUAGUCUUGGACACAUACAUAGCUAUUUUGUUUCCUUUGCGCUACGUUGCUAUUUUGCCUCCUUCACGAACUAAAAAAAUUAUUGUAUUACUAUGGAUGUGUUCUGGGGCUUUCCCUGGGAUUUUCUUCUUGGUGCUAUCGAGCACUCACAGCUUUGUGCCCUGUGUCCUGGAAAUGUGCUCGAUUCCAGUAAUACUACUAUUAACUCUGAAUGGGACUGAUGCUGUGAAACUCUGUUUCUGGCUUUCUACCACGGUUAUCUUUCUCUGUCUGUCUCUAAUAUUUUGCUGCUAUGCUAUUCUGUAUUUUAAAACCAAACAAUCGGGUAUAUGGGCGAGUAGCUGUUCCAGAGCCAGUGUAACAUUCUUAAUGCACAACACUGUGUUAUUUUUUUACUUCUUUCCACUCUUGGCACUUUUUGUAGAAUCAUUCUUGUGCAUUAACGUUGUCAUCAGACUGCAAACAGGAAUCUGGGUCUCUCUGACAGUCUGCAGCAUCCUGAUGAUUCUGCCUAAAGUUUUGUUCCCUCUUCUGUAUGGGCUUCGAUACAGAGAGAUCUCAGCAUCUCUCAAAUCUAUUGUCAGAAGGAAGCAUCUUCACCUGGUGUCGCCUGCUCCAUUACCAUCCUGA